CAAUGAUGCAGCCAUCCUUAACCACAUCCUCAAGUCAAACAUAGAUGAUGUGAAGGAUUUUCUUGAAGAAGGAGAUGUGCUGGUAGUGGAUCGCGGGUUCAGGGACUCUCUAGAGCUACUGGAAGACUUAGGCAUACAUGCAAAGAUGCCAGCAUUAAUGACAAAGGGACAGAAGCAGCUUCAAUCUGAUGAGGCAAACGAGAGUCGUUUAGUUACAAAGGUAAGGUAUUGACUAUUAAAUACUUUUAAAUACAUUUGUAUAUAAAUAUUCCUGAAAUAUGUAAUAUAUUUAGAAAUAUACAUGUAUACAGUCAAACAUGUGAACAAAGACUAUCUAGUGAGAGACAUGGUCUUUAUAGACGAGUUGUCGUUAUGUAGAGGUAACUCAGCUUUUUUAACCAGUAGAGGUUGUAAAAGCCUUUAUUUUCAGGGUGAUCUUUUUUUUAUAUUAAUUUCUAACACAGGUUUAACUGUAUAUGGAUGAAAAUGAAAUGCGAGUUUGAAUAUUGUUUUCAAAACUGGUAAAUAUUAAUGCAAUUUAUCCACGAAAUUACACUGAGUAGUAUUAAAAUGUGAUAUGUUUCUUUUUUUCCAUUGCAAUCGGAUAUUCAUAAAAUAACUGUUAUUUUAUAUUAACCGUGAAUUAAUUAAACAGUGAAUUAAUCUAUCAAUAUUUAGGAUAAUUUACAAUGGCUUCUUCGUGUUAAAAUGCAAAGUAUAAAUUAAUCUAAUUUUGAUUUAUUAAGGUGUAUGACCUUUUUCAUUUGUUUUGUCUAUUUUCAGAUAAGGUGGGUUGUUGAGUCAGCAAACGCGCGGAUCAAGCGUUUCAAGUACUUAGACAAUGUGAUGCCAAAUAGCCAAAUACCAUUCAUUGGCGACUUUGUACGCAUUGUUUGUUCCAUCUCGAACAAAUACUUUCCCCCACUCAGUAGCACUGACCAGUCAGAGAGUGAAGUGCUAUGGCAGCAAAAAUGGUAAGAUUGUUAGAAAGGGAAAAUGAGCUUCAGAAAAAAGUAGAGAAGACAGGUUUAGAUAGAAAACAGACAGUGUGGAAGAAUGUCGAUGAAGAAGACAUAUAUUUCCCAGUUCUAAACAGUGAACAACUGAGUGAGCUGACACUUGGAGUUUAUCAAUUGAGUCUGUCACCAUCAUACAUUCAAGAACAUUUAGACGGAGAGUUCGACAUUAAAGUCAACACAGAUGAUCCAAAACUACUUUGUGUUAAGAUGCAAAGCAGACACUCUUCAUCAAAAAGAUAUAUGCUUUGGAUUCAAGUUGAAAACGAGGCAGUAGAUGGAUGGUAUUGCACAUGCAGGUGCGGCUCAAGAGUAGUUGGGAUGUGUGCCCAUAUUGCUGUCAUAGUGUGGUAUCUGUCCAACGGACGUCAUAGCGGGAGAGAAAGUUAUGGUGUCCGUGAUUGGGGUGUACACCUUUCAGUCGCCGCUGAAUUUAAAAUCGACGUGGCAAUUGACGAAUCAUCUGGCAGUGAUACAGACUGAUAUAUCGUGCGACGUUGUUUACCUCAUUACCAUAAAACAAUGCUGAUACAACUUUCAUUUUUAUUAACUUUUUCGUUUUUUAAAGUAAAUAUCAAGCAAUAUUAUUACAUUAUUUAUUUACACAGAGAUAAAAACAUGGUGUAAGAACUGAUACCGACAUUCUAUCUUUAUGGUGUAAUGAUGCUGAAUAACAACUGUUAAAUUUUUCACAUAUUUGUUCAAUAUAUCUAAUUCAAUUGCUUGUGAAAAAGUUUCAAGCGAGAUCAUAUAAAUUUUCUUUAAAAAGUUGUCAUAUAUUUUUGUAGCUUGUUGAUUGUUGAUAUAUAUAAUAAUUGUUCAGAUUCAAGAACAAAUAUUUGAGUCGUGUCACGACAAAACCAACAUAAUGGGUUUGCGACCAGCAUGGAUCC